GUUGCACGCUCCUUUUUAUCAUGACGCAGCUGCAAGCUUCAAAGCUGUAGAUUUAGGUUCCCUUGUUUUUUGAAAAUUUGUGUUUAAUUUCGUAAGAUUGGAAAUAUAGAAAGCGACAUGAGGGCGCCAUGAAGUAUGUCUUCCCAUAAGAAGAAGUUGGAGAGACAGAAAGUGAUCAGAAAACAUAGCGAAGAGUACACCUAUUUCUGUGGCUACUGCAGUGUAGGUUCUGACUGCUUUGAUGACGCUGUGAAUCACGUGAUCAAUUUUCAUGGAGAAUCUGAAGUCAAAAUAAGGAAAAGGACAUUUAACGAGAAAAACCAAAAUUUCGAGCAACACUUCAAGCAGUGGAAUAUAAUCCCUCGGGAUGAGGCUGAUAAAGGAUUUAAAGUUAAAGUCAACAGUGACAGUGAACAAAUAAGUCUAAUCAAAGAAUGAUAUCAAAACAGGAAGACCACGCCCACUAGAAGUCUUGUGUUAAAUAUUUUUUUAUGUAUUUGAAGUUUUUUUUUUUCGUUCGUUACGCUUUUGUUUUUGGAGGUGGUGUUUCAUUAAGGAUGACUUCCCCAUGUGUUGCAGAAACUCUUUUGUGGACAUAGAGACCGAUUUGCUCUUGCAAUGGUCUAUUGUCGGAUCUUUUUUGUGUUGUACAUGUAUGGCUAAGUGUUAACCUCUGUCAUAAAUUCAUCUGUCAGUUUAUGAGCAUAGAGUCAGAUUUUUACCAAAAGGAAAGUAAAAUUUGCCACAUUCAUAACUUACAUGAAUUCCACAAUGUUGUUAUGGUAUUUUACAUUGGAAACACUGAUGAAAGAGCAUUUCCAAGUAAUAUCUGGGUAUCAGUAACCCUUCGCCAUGCAUAUUGUUCAUUUGCUUAAAUUGAUAUGCACUAAGCACGAAAUAAAGGAUAAACUUUCA